GGUGUAUUCUUCGCUUGGAAACUUCAAAACACCGCUCUCCAAGCUUGGCUCUACCGGGUAAGGGCGUUUCGAGAUUUGCAUCGCAGUGGACAGAAGAAGUUAUAGAUCGACAUCGCGGAUCAAUCAGGCUUGUCAUGUUUCAUUUUCGUUCAAGAAUGCUACAGCUUGUGCAGACUACAGGGUGGUUCUCCGUGGGCCUUCAUGAAAUCUUGAAAGUGGAAGUUACCAAUUCAUCGGUAACUGAGCUUAAACUGCGAAUAGUAUUGGCUUUUUCUUCUAUUUGGUAGUAAACCAUAAACCCUUUUUUUUUGUCCUUAGGGCUUUGUCUAACAAAUGGCACACCGGUGGUGGUCGCGUCUUCGCGGUGUGAGCUCCACAUUCCUGCAUAGCAAUAUCGCUCCAAGCAGUGCUGCCAAAGUCGGGGCGAUCGCUGCUGUUACUUGGCUCUACCAAGAUCCCCUCGACUGGCUCGACACUGGAAUGAUGAUGAAUCAACGCAAUAUCAUGUGGAGUUUGCUUGGAAAGAACAGCAUUGCUUAUUCGGAAGACUUGAGCUUACGUCCAUCAAGAGCUGAAACAGGAGAUUUCCUGACACGAUACACCAUCGCUGACGCCGCUGCAAAGGCUGCCCCUGGAAUCGUCAACAUAACUGUGGAUGUUGGAAUAAGGAACGUAUUCAUGGCAAGAUCAUCCGGCUCUGGCUCGAUCAUCCAGUCAGACGGGACCAUCCUGACAAAUGCGCAUGUUGUUGCUGAGGCGGGAAGAGGUUCUCACUCAGGCAAGAUUGUUGUCACUUUGCACGAUGGACGUACUUUUACUGGCGAGCUCGUAUGCUUCGACAUGAUAACGGAUAUUGCCGUGGUCAAGAUCAAGUCCAAAGCACCACUACCCACUGUGAAAAUUGGUUCGUCGCGAAAGCUGCGAGCAGGCGAGUGGGUGAUCGCUGUAGGGAGUCCUCUACAUCUCCAGAACACUGUCACUGCUGGGAUAAUCAGUGCAGUGGAAAGAAAGAGUAGCGAGAUUGGUUUGCAUGGUGCGACCACGGAUUACAUACAAACCGACGCGGCAAUCAAUCAGGGUAAUUCGGGUGGUCCACUGCUCAACAUGGAUGGAGAAGUCAUUGGGAUCAACACGAUAAAGGCGAUGGCUGCGGAUGGUGUGAGCUUUGCAAUCCCCAUCGAUACCGCUGUGAAAGUCAUGAACCAGCUCAAAAAGCACGGGCAUGUCGUGCGACCUUGGCUAGGAAUCAAAAUGCUGGAACUCACCGAAGCAAUCAUCGAUCAGCUCAAGGACCGAGAUCCGUCGUUUCCAAACGUGUCCAAGGGUGUUUUGGUACCACAGGUGAUUCCUGGCUCCCCAGCUGAGAAAGGUGGCCUUCGACCAGGAGACGUGAUCGUGGAGUUUGAUGGGAAGCCCAUCGACUCAGUGAGCCAGAUUGUGGACUUGCUGGGAGACAAAGUUGGAGUGAGUUUCAAGGUUGUGGUGAAGCGAGCUUAUGGCAAGCAAGCAACUCUGAUUGUGGUUCCAGAGGAAGCCACUCCUUGAAGAACCAGAGGUUUUUAAAGUGAAUCGAAAAUUUUUGCUCUCUA